CUAAAAAUCAUGUGUUAGCGUGCCUUGUUGUUGAGCAUGACAAAAACGUAUUGUUUUGUGUAAUCAAGAGAUCAUCAUGAAGUGAUCUGCUCACUCUUUUCUUUACGACCAAUUAUGCUCGUAUCUUUUUCUUGGUAGAACUAGAAAGUACUUGUACUAGUUGUUGCCACCAUGUCGGAGGAGCAAGCUGGCGCUGACGAGGGCGGUGACGAAGAAAAAGCGGAAGAUGCAUCAGCAGCGCCAGCAGCUGUCCCAGCUGCGGAUGAUGUUGGUGCUGAUCAAGCAGCAUCACCACCAGAUGAUGCAGGAGUUCUUGGCGGUGGUGCUACAACUGCUGCACCAGAAACGCAAAACGCAGAUGCGGCGACAAACGAAGCCGCCCCGGAUGAGGGUGGUGCAGCAGAAGGGGAAAAAACUGCGCCAGAGUCUUCACCAGGAGACGCAGAACAAGCUCCGCUCCCGAAUGCAGAAGACCCCAAUGGUGCGCCAGCACCAGAGGGCGACGGCGAAGGGAACGCCACCCCAGGAGCCGCGCUCGGCACUGCCGCGGCGGCUAAGGAUGAAAGUAAUGACCCGAAAAACGACGACGCCGACGUUGACAAGCACAAGCCGCGCGAGAAGGUGAUUGUGUCCGCUGAGACGCAGGCGGCGAUCGAUGAGGCGAAGAAGAGGAUGUACCAGGUGGAUGAUGAGUUCAUUGACAAUGUCCUCCAGGGCCAGUUCGAAAAGGCCGUGGAGAUGAUGGGGCCGCUCUCCACCCUCGAUCAGGACGCAGACCAGGAGAUCGCCAGGUUGAUAUCAAAUGCAAAAGUGUCUGGGUCUGGAAGGAUCCGAACUUCUGAUGCGUAUUUUGAAACGCAGAAAAGUCUCUCAUGCAUGGGCAGCAAAAGCUGCCCACUUUCUGUCACCAAAGUAGGGGACUUCUCAUGCGGGUUCGGCAUUGCGGAAGCUUCUCGAAACCUAUGAUGCUAGAGCUCUCAUGCCAGACCUUCUGUGUCAUGCAAAAACAGCAUGACUCUGCCAGACCCAGACAUUUUUGCAUUUGAUAGUUGACAAAUGUGUACGAAAACGCCGUGGACAACGUGUUCAACGCGAACGUUUCGAACACGAGCGGCAACGACUUUGCCGAGCACGUUUUGGGCGCGCAAAUCCAGCAACUGUUCCAAAUCGGUACCUCGUCCGGCGAAGAAGACGAAAAUGCACGACGUCACAAAGAAGUCGACGACGGAUUCGGAUUCAAGCCAAAUAAACCGAAGCCGGAGUUCAGCAGCGACGAGGACGAAAACGUUGAAAAAGAGCCGGAAGUCAACAAGUCGUUAAACUGGAAAAAGGACUACGACCUGGAUGCGAAGAACAACACCGAGAUUCUCGGUUCGAAGUUCGCGAUUGAGCAGGAAGAGGCAGAGAAAGCGGCGAAGAAGGAGGAGAUGAAGCGCAUGGCGCAAUGGCAGGCGGAGAUGGAGUAUGAACUGCAAAAGUUAAAGUAUCGUACUAGUACAAAUUGCAUUACAAAUUUGCUCAGCAUGUUGAGAAAUGGAAUUUGUCAUGCUGUUUUACUUUGAAAAGAAGAUUUGUCAUGCAUAUACUGCAAUUAGUACGACUACGAGUGCGAUACUUCUUUUGCACAGGAUAUGGAGCAGGCGGACGCGGAGCCCGAGUUUGACCAGUACGGUUAUGGGGUUCUCAGACGUUACAUUCUCAACUGUUACAUGAAUUUGUGAUGCAAGAAUGGCAAAAGUGACAGGAGGAAGAUUGCGCCUUUUGCAUUACAAGUUUGGCGCAGAAGAUUUAGAUGCUGUUUAGCUCUUCCGAAGUUUGUCAUGCGCAGCAGCUCGAUCAUCUGCCGGCUGCAGGCACUUUUGCAUGAGAAAUUCAUCGUAACAGUUGAUAAUGUAACGUUUGAGAACGCCAUAGCGGUCGGCUCAAGAAGAAAACGCGGCGGAAAUUGGAGGGGGUGCAGGGCAUCAACGAAACGCCCUGGCACGACCGGAGUUUCGUGGAUCCGCGGAACCAGUUGCCGGUAAGGAUGAAGGCGCGCGAGAUCAACCGGGCCUUCGCCGCGGUGGCCCUGUUGACGAACCACGCGCAGACCGAACUCAUCGGCGUGGGGACGCUGGUCUACUGCCCCUGCGAUCCGGACAACGUGUACGUGUUGUCCUCUGCGCACACGAUCAUAAACGACCGACAGGCGAAAAAAAUCAAGUGCAUCGUCAAGCUGCGCGGUGGUAAGGCUUUUAUAUUAGAAGCUAGGAAACGUGAAGAUCUAUUUCAACGACAAGAUAAGAGUUUAUUUUCCGAUUCCGCCCACCUCCGUCCUCCUCCUCCUCGUUAAUCCUUGUUUCAUGAUCCAGGAAACCGAAACGAGAUAGAGAGCUAGCGGGCGAGGUCGUAAAAGUACGCUGCAGAGCAACGCAAUGAGUUGAAAUCCAGAAAGUCGAUAUCAACACCAAAUAUAAAUAAAAGGUCCUUCCUCGCUCCAAACGGCCGGACGGUACAACUUCGAGUUCAACUGCAUUGGGGAAACUUUCAUGGUCGACCGCAUGACGAACCUGUCGCUGACCCGGGUCAGCGAUUACUGUGUGAACGCCAGCGAGCGGGAGUUUUCCGUAUUCUGUGCAAAAGCAUCGUACUCGUAUUGCAAUCAUGCAUUACAAGCAAACCCGCAUUACAAAUUUUAUGUCUCAUGCUGAGGAAAUUUGUAAUGCAUUUAUACGACUACGAUACUUUUGCAGUUCAUAUUCCGUUCCCGCGAGCAAUUUCGCGGUGCCGCUCGAGCCCUUCGACUUCUACUUUCCAAACGCCGUCCCACCGCCGGAUAGCGAGGAGGCCCGGAAACAGUUCGAGAAAACCGGCCUGCCCGCGGCCUACUUCAAUCCCCCGCCCCGGGAUAUCAAAUGUAAAAAUGUCUGGGUCUUGAAGAUUGCCAGGGUUGUCAUGCAUAUUUUGCAUAACCCAUACUGCCUGUAAUGCAUGGCCUAGCAUCACAGAUUUUUAAAGGGCCUUCUGAUGCGUAUUCCGCAUGCGAGACGCCCACUCCGGCGCGUAGCACAAACUGAACUCCUCUUGCUGGUCAUGCAAUACAGAUUUCUCCUACCUUCCAAAGACAGCAUCACAAGUUGCAACCUUCCAGACCCAGACAUUUUUGCACUUGAUAUGGGACCCGAAGCAGGUGUGCGCGAAGUUGUUCGCGGAGAACUUGUAUGCAUUGCAAAAGCAUCGUACUAGUAUAAAUUGCAUCACAAAUUUUGCUGGCAAGAGGGGAAGUGGAAUUUGUAAUGCUGUUUUCCCUGCUGCUGCUUCGGAAAAACAUUUGUCAUGCAUAUUUGCAAUGAGUACGAGUACGAUACUUUUGCACAGGAUAGCUUGUUGAUGCUGGACGUGCGGUGGGACCCGGAUCGCGUGACGCGGACCGUGGAGGACAAAAACUUCGACAAAAACAUGUCCGAAGAGCAGCAAGCGCUCGCUUCCAUGCUGGACGACGGGACGGGAACCAGUGCGCCGGCGAAAGUCACGCUCAAUAUCUCAAGCCCGGUCAUCGCGUCCGCCAGCCCGGCCAGCUCCGUUGAAAAUGGAGCUGCUGGAGGCAAUGGGACGACCGCAGGUGGCAAUGGAGAGGAGAAGCAGACCCAGCACUUUAUCGAAGAAGAACUCACGCCGGAGGAGUUGGCGGACUACAUACUGUCAGAAACCAUUCCUGACGAGACGGUGGAAGACCCCGCAGAUUUGGAGGAAGAAGAGGAGGAAAACAAGGGAGAUGGCGGUUCGGAGAAAUCCGGCGACUUGAUUGCGGAUUUGCUCAAAUCCGGAGCGGAGGAAGAGAAGGGAGCGGAAGAAGAGGAGGAGAAGGGGAUCAAAGAAUCCGUCAUACCGUGGUCCAGGCAGAGAUUGAAAAAGGUACGUGUGGGCUAGUCGUGACAAUUACUUAGCGGUUUUGUUCAACAUCUAAAGGCACAUGAUGAUGAUCAUACCAUAGAUCGCUUUUCUAUUUUUGAUAUGCACUGCUCAACGUUUUUUAUUUUUAUCCUCUCUCCAGUUUUACGACUCUCCGGACUCGUCGCACCUCGUCUGCCGCGACCUGGGGCGGCUCCAGGCGUACACCACCGUAUCCAGGAAAAAACACCCAUCCCCAUCCAUUUUUUGCAUGAAAAAUAGUGGAAUUUAUGCACGUUUUGCAUGACAAAUUGGAUGGGGAUGGGUGUUUUUUCCUGGAUACACCGACAGUGUGCGUUACACCAUGCGUGCGUACAACCGGAAGUUCUCCGGACAGCCGAUUUUUUACAUGCGACUGGCCGAGUACGUCCCGCCAAAGCCCAAGGAGAACCGCGAAGCCACGGAAAAUUCCUCCGAAUCGUCGCGGAACAAGCACGACGAGCAGUUUAAGGUCGUGCUGACCCCGGUGCUCUGUGGCGUGCAUUUGAACAACAACGACGAGGGACGGUCGGCGUUAUUGUCCCUGUACAAAAGUAUCAACCUAGUUCUGUUGAACGAAUCCGACGAGGACGAGGAUCAGACGAGUUCCAAGGCAGGCUCCAAAGACGACGGCGCUGGGUCAAAAACCUCCGGUCCGGAGGAGGACGACGACGAGAAGCAGGAGCGAAAACGGAGACGGCAAGAGAAGGAGCAGGAGGAGCUCGCAAAACUUUCGCCGUACGGCGCGAAGUCCAACGCGGCGAUCCGGUUGCUGACCGACCACAUCCCGAAGGUGAAAGAGCACUACCAGAAGGCGGCACUGCAGACGGUGUUGAAGUGCGACUUUGUCACUUUCCGACAGCAUGCCGCGUGUUUGCGGGUGGAUUUGAUCAAUCACCAGUACCCCGAGUACAACAACCGAACCUUGCUGCACCUCAUCGCAACGGCCGCGGAACCCACGAGCUUGCAGUAAUUUUUUGUAGCGGGGCUGCUUGUUCUUGUUCGCUUCUAUGUAUUUGUAAAUGUUCUACAAGUCGAACAACUUCGAGUUGUACGCUUCCAAAAAUUUGUCUCUAAAUAAUUGCAGCAGUGACCGCAUGAUGUUCAAGACGACCGCAAUUUUUCGGACACACUUUUUGACACUAGUAUGAAAUGAAAACCAUAUUAUUCUUGAACCAAACACUACCGCCCAGGGUCGACACCGCGAUCGAAAUUACGCAGCUGUUGGUGAAAUCGCAUGGGGACGUGUCCAUCCAGGACCGGAACGGUUGGAACCCGUUGAUGGCGCACGUUGCCGCGUCGUCCGGAGAGACCGUGACUCUGCUCUCCAUUCGCCUGCAAUACGAAGACGGGGACGAGUUUCGGGAGGAAGUCUUGCAGCAGGAGACGAAGCAGGGCUGGAACGUGUACGAGAUUGGAAUCCUGCACAACGCGGAAGAAGAGCUCAUGGAUUACCUGAAGGAGAAAUGGCCCCACAUCGUGCGUCCGGAAAAACUGGCCCUGUGCUACGGCGCCAAGCGAAAGUUCGGGCGGUGAAGCGGCGGAAGCAGGUGGCGCGUUUUAGCUGCUGAACCGGAGCACCAGCACGCUGGCGGCGGGUCGGUGGGUGCACAACUAAUACAUGAAUUCCGGAGGGAACUUUUAUUCUAGAACUAAAAGCCUGGCGUCAAUAAGAAGCUAAAGUGAAUAACAACGUGCAGCUACAAUCACAAUUUAUGGUAAGUUAGCUUAGUCAGUCAUACGAGAAAGUUCAAGUUGAUCACAAGCACGCGGGCCCGUCGUGGCUGCUGUGGCUGUGUGAUCUGUAAGAAACUUUUGAAGAGUUUUGAUCUAAGUGCGGUACUACUGUAUUUUUUUGAAUGGGGCGUUGCCUAGUGCCCUCCGUCCGUUCGUUGUAUGAAUCGUUUCAGAAAAGAACUCAAACUUCUGUCGGUUUUUUUUCACUGAUGGAGAUACAUAGUCGAAAGCGCAGGUGCAACAUAUUGUACAAUUCCUUUGGCACACGCACCCGUUUUUAGAAGGACCACGCCAAGACAUAAUGCUGUCGCAAGAACAAGUUGAAGUUUUUGCAUACAAUUUUAUGUGUUUUUCCGCCUAUGAACAGUAACGGUUCAACAAACAGCUUUUUCUUUACU